AUGACCUCGUCGCUCUUCGCUACGACGGUCCUUGCCAGCUUCUUCGUCGUUGCCCUACCGCAUCUACUGCCGUGCCCGGUCCCGCGGACAAAGUACGCUGAUGGAGAGAUUAUCGUCGACGAGAACGGCAGACGGAAGAGAUGGAAGAGGAGGGACGUCGAUACAAAGGACGGACUUGUGCAGUUCAACCAGACGACAGACGAUGAGAUUGAACGUGCGGCAGAGCGAAUGACGAGAGAGUGUCCCGUACCGAAACCCGGAGGGAUGUUGGGAGAGUGGCUCGGAUUCCACGCCACAGAUGACAAGACGAGGGCAAACAGAUGA